CCUAUGUGUUUUUCUUCCUUCUCUUUUGGCCUUUAACCAUGGAAUUAGAAGAUUCAGAACCACCAUUUCUAAAGACCUACAAGGCCCUUUUUGGGGACAUGGUGGAAGAAGAAAGAACAAAAAGGGUGCAUGAGAACAUGUUUUCUGUUGAUGAAUACGAGCUUCCUCUUGUUGAUCUCAGUGGGUUAAGUCUAGGCAACUUCGACCGAGAAGACUGUAAGAAAGCCAUUGCUGAUGCUGCAAGCCGGUGGGGGUUCUUUCAAGUUGUGAAUCAUGGAAUUUCUACAGAUAUUUUGGCGAGAAUGAAACUGGAACAAGUGAAAUUGUUCAAGCAACCAUUCUACAAGAAGGCUAAUGAGAAUGUUUUCAACUUAGCCAAGAACUGUUACAGUUGGGGAAGCCCAACUGCUACUUCUUUGAUGCAGUUCUCAUGGUCUGAAGCUUUUCAUUUUCCUCUUACUAACAUGAAAGGAUUAAGGGAGUUCACCAGUUUUAGCUCUCCUAUUGAGGAAUAUGCAAGACUGGUGUUUGAUCUGGCUCAAAACAUAUCCGAAACAUUAGCCGAGCAUCUUGGCUGUAAAUCCACUACUUUUUUUGUAGAAAAUUGCAAGCCAAGUUCUUGCUAUCUAAGGAUGAACAGAUACCCCCAAUGCCCUAUAUCUUCUAAAGUGUUUGGUUUUGUGCCACAUACUGAUAGUGAUUUCCUCACCAUAUUGUAUCAAGAUCACAUUGGAGGAUUGCAGCUGAUGAGAGAUGGAGAGUGGAUUAGUGUUAAACCUACGCCAGAUGCUUUGAUCAUCAACAUAGGCGAUCUAUUCCAGGCUUGGUGCAAUGGUGUUUACAAGAGCAUAGAACACAGGGUUGUAACCAAUCCAGAGGUUGAAAGGUUGUCUGUGGCAUAUUUUUUCUGUCCUUCCUAUGACACACUCAUUAAGAGUUACAGUGAAAAACAUUCAAUCUACAAGGAAUUUACCUUUGAAGAGUACAGACAGCAAGUUCAGGAGGAUGUUAAGCAUACAGGCAGCAAAAUAGGGCUGCGCAGGGACUCCUUUGAGUACGGCUUGGGGAAUCCAAAAAGCGAGGAAGGUGUAAUGCAAUUGUGA